CCCAAUAAUUGCCAGCUCAAUUCAACGGAAUCUCCGCUUCUCCGUUGCAACCCUUAAACCCUCAAGAUCCAACUAUAAAAACCUCAGUAUUUCUCAAACUCAUCACUCCAACACAAAUUCCCAGUACUCAUUCAAAUCCAAAUCUCAAUUGGGGCAAAAGAUGAAAGCUUCAAUCAAAUUUCGUGAGGAGCAGAAACCGUUAAUCAGAGCCAAAGUUCCUCUCAGUAUACUUAACGUUCCGUUCCAAUCAGGAAUUGUUGCCGGCGAAUCGAAAGAGUUAUCGUUAAAUCUCGGUACUUUAUUCGAUUCUGGGCCGUCUUUUAAAUUCGCUUAUCGUCCUAAUGAUUCGGUAAACCCGUUUAGUUUUGUGUUCAAAACUGGGAUUGGACACUUCGGGUCCCCGAUAUCCAGCCCGUUUACUAUGAGCGCCGAGUUCAAUUUGAUUGGGAAUCAAAACCCUAGUUUCUUCAUUCACUUUAAGCCUAAUUUCGGCGAUUUUUGUGUGAAGAAAUCGCACUCCUCUUCGGCCCUCACGAAGAGUUUGAGCUCGAAAUCGAACGGCGUUAACGGCGUUGGUCCAAUACACGACGGUUUCGAGACGCCUUUAGUGAAACCGGCGUUUCUUGGCGGUAAAGUCGGGGUUUUGCCACCAGAAUCGGCCGUCCCUGGAGCAGUGGAGAAUUUGUUCUCCGGCACGGCGGUCAGCGCACGGACUUCGUUCCCGGUGAGAAACCGUGCGGUGGUGAAUUUCAGGUGGGGGCUUAGGUUUCCGACGGUUUCUCCGGCGGAGGAUCCGGAUACUGUUAUACUUGGGAAGAACGAUGUGUUUUCGCAGGCGGGGAUUUCGUUCAGGCAGUGUCCGCUGCUGGUGAUGAAUAAGAUUGGCAUCGAACACGUGGCGAAAGACUUAUCGAAGAAAGGGAAGAAUGUGCCAGAGAAUGCUGAUUUGGCGAAGGUGUGUUUGGAUGUGAAGCAGCAACUGGAGACAAUACAAGCUGAAAAUGGAUUAUUAAGAAAUGCUUUGAAUGAUUUAAGAUCUGAAAUAUCUUCAAGAAAGUUUAAUUUUUCGACGAAUGAAUUGAACGGGAAAGGAACUGAAGAUAAUGCUAAUGAGGAGUUGAAGAAAAAGAAGGCAUCGGUGGGAGCUACUGGAGCUUAAAUUAGGUGACAUUGCUUCAUGUUUAAAUGUUUUGAUCCUAUGUUUUUGUUAAAAAAAAAAUCUAUUGUUUAUGGUGGGAUAGAGUAAUAUUGGAUCUUGUUAAAAGAGUUUUUGAGGAUUUAAGGUGAAGUAAUCAGUAAUAAUAGAAAAAAGAACUGCUUGUUUUGAUAAGAUCUUGAUAGUAUAAUAUGGAGGAAAAGUGAUGGUCUAAGAUGUACUAUAUUGCUAUGCUAUACUUUUUAAGUUCAAGUUCUAGUUUUUGAUAA